UAAAUAGGCUACAUGGUGGGCAUUCCCUUCUUUUUGUUAUCAAAUCAGCAGACCCCACAUGACGUCUCCACAUCAUUUGCACUGUAGCCACUCAGAGGUAAAGGUAACUACAAAGAUUUACGUAAACCCCUCCCCCGAGCACGUCUCAUCCAAUGAGAACGCGGCAUGGGCGUGGACACGUAAUGUUUACUUCCAGCUCGCAGAGAAGUGGGCCAGAGUGCAAACUGCACCUGUUGGACAGUCGGAUAUAUAGAGACGCACCAGCGUUCAAAUGAGCCACUGCAAGACGGUGUAUAGGAAGACCACAGUAAGGGUUGCCAUGCUGAGAAGAGGCAGGAACGGCCCGGCUCGGCAUCUGGCCUGGAGCGAGGCACGGCAGGAGACAGAUGCCAUGGCAGUGAUCCAGACGCCGGACAAGGAGGAAUGGGAGGGACAGACAGCGACGCAGAUGAGCGAACUGGAGUCCGAGGCGGAUCACCUGCCGAGCUCUCAGGCCGUGUCGGAGGCGGUGGCCUUGCCCAACACGGUGCCGGUGAUGGGGGAGUCUUUCUGCGAGUGUGGCCAAGAGGAGCUCAGCCCGGGCGUCACUGUUACCCCAGAGGACUGCCUCUGCGGGGAGGAGGAUCAGGGUUUCGACUGGGAGUGGGACGAUCGCUUCAAGUCCUCUGGAGCCUUCCUCAGCUGCGACAACAGGAAGGUGAGCUUUCACUCGGACUACAGCUGCGGCACAGCGGCCAUCCGCGGCAACAAGGAGCUGGCAGACGGUCAGCACUUCUGGGAAGUCAAGAUGACCUCGCCUGUCUAUGGAACUGAUAUGAUGGUGGGAGUUGGAACUUCGGAGGUGAACCUGGAGAAGUUUAAAUACAGCUUCGGCAGCCUGCUGGGCCACGAUGAGGACAGCUGGGGGCUCUCAUACACAGGUCACCUCCAGCACAAAGGGGACAAAGUGAAGUUCUCCUCUCGGUUCGGCCAAGGCUCCAUCAUUGGAGUGCACCUGGACACCUGGCAUGGCACCCUGACCUUCUACAAGAAUCGGCACUGCAUAGGUGUUGCCGCUACGAGGCUGCAGAACAAGAAGUUCUACCCCAUGGUGAGUUCCACAGCGGCCAAAAGCAGCAUGAAGGUGAUCCGUGCCUGCUACACACCCACCUCCCUGAAGUACCUUUGCUGUGCCCAGCUCCGACAAAUGCUGCCCAGCUGCCCGGACGUACUGAGCACCGUAGAGCUUCCGCCAGGCCUGCGCAGCCUCCUUCAGAUACAGCUGGGCUGGGUCUUCACCCUCAGCGGCAGCAGCAGCAGCAGCAGCAGCCCUGAAGCCUCAGAGCAGCACAGGGACCCACCUGAGGACUUCCCGGAGGAGGUGAGCCUGCCCUCGAGCCGCAGCCCCAGCCCCAUCCCGAGCCUGGUGUCCACCCUGAGUGCCUGCGCCUCCCCGAGCCCCUGCACCAGUCCACUUCCUGACACUGUCUCCUACCAGUGCUCUUGUCAAAUGUCGCCGUGCGCUUGCCACUGCCCUCCGACUCCCCCCAGCAGCGACUAUGACAGCUGCUGCUCCGAGCCAGAGGACCACCAAUGCAAAAGGUGCCGCUGGACAUGACUCCGCAGUCAGAAUGUAUUUGUGAGCGUUUGGCACACAGAUACUCUACAGCCGCCAUCCAAAUCUCCUGCCAGAGACAAGAGCAAUCUCAUCAUGUAGCCAAUAUUUCUCAAUCAGCAUUUUAAGUGGGUUGCUUCCUUUUCUAUUUAAAGAAUGUGUUCAAUUUUAAACUACAGAAGAGGCUUCAGCCACUGAUAAAACGAAUAAAAAAUGAGGACUGACUUCCUUUUUCAGGAUUCUGAUUCAAAUUUUAAUCUCAGAAAAGUCACAGAAGUCAGAAUUCUGAGUGAAAAAAGGCAGAACUCUCUUUAUUUUAAUUUUUUUACAGUGGCCCUAGUCUUUCAUGCAAUACAGUUUUGUCCGUGAAUGGGAGAAGACAGUGUUUAGUUGGUGAAACCUUUAAUAAAGUUGUGGGUUUGGCGAGGUCGGUCAUUUAUUCUCAUAUUAGCCAACUUCUAUUAUGUGGCUAACGAGAGCAGUUCGUACUGCUCUGCUUUUUCUGUUUCUUUCUUUCUUUCUUUCUUUCUUUCUUUUUUUUUUAAAUAUGCAAGUCACUGUCUUUGGAAGGCCUAAUGUGUGCCAGAUUUUGGCUUUGACAGAAAACAAACAAACAAAAAAAAAUGGAAAUCUUGUGUAUACGUGUUGUUCUCAGGGACUGACUCCAGGGGGACAGGAGUUGUUUUUGAUACUGUGCUAUUGAUAUUGGUAUUUUUUUGUACAGUAAAAAGUGUGUUUUGUAACCGGCAUUUUGGCUUGAAUAUCAACAAUGGUUGUCUUCUUGCUUACAAGAGGAUUUGUCUUUUCUAUUAAGAGUUCUUACUCUGGGAAUUAUCUAAAAUAAAAAGUAAAACAUGA